UCAAAGCUGAGCAUCUGUACAAAGCAAUCCAGUCUUACAUUGAGCUGAUGGACAGACAUGGUGGAGAGCUUAAGGAGCUCAUCUUAGAGCUACAGAAUAUUGCGGACAACUUGGAUAAGGUUUCAAAAGGAACCAAGAUUGCUGGUAUCACUGGAGGUGCAUCAUCAGUUGCAGGAGGGGUGGCAGCUGCCGCCGGGGUGAUUCUGGCCCCUUUCACAGCGGGAGCCUCACUGGCCCUCACUGUGGUUGGUGCUGGUGUGGCUGCAGCCGGCGGUGUCACUGGUGCAUCAGCAGCCAUUGCAAACAAGGCAAAUUUAACUCAAGACAAUAAGAAAAUCGAAAAAACCUUGCAGGAAUUUAAGGAACGUUCUGAAGAAAUUCUAACAUGCUUGAAGUUCAUCAAUGAAGGCAUGGACCUGCUGAAGCAGCAUGGUCUGGCUCCUCUUGAAGACAUGGUGGAUAAAAAGAGGCUGAAUUCGUGGACGGCAGUCUCUGUGGUGCAGCUCACUCUAGGGAAAGCGAGUGCCAUAGCAUCAGAUAAGAGCAGCAAUGCUUCUGGAAUGCUGGAUGGCUUCAAACUUGGCAUGGAUUACUACUUCACCAAAGAUGGGAGGAAAGUGAAGAGAGGUCUCGAGUCAAAGCUCGCAAAGAAGCUCCGGAAAAUAGCAGAAGACCUUGACCUUGCAUUGAAAGAGCUUCAUAAAAUAAAAGAUGUCUUCAGUGAGAGUGCCUAAAGAUAUUAAGUAUUUUACAGAGUAGAGCUUUGGGAUUUAGAUCCGGUUAUGGUUUGAUUUGGGUUUCUUAUAGAAUAAAGUAGAAUUUUAAAAUGUUAAUCAUCAUAGAUUCAAUGAUUAU